UCUUGUUCCUGCAGAGUCAGAAUAGAACGAAACAGCUCCAGGAACUAGCAAAGUUGGGAACGCCCAGAGGUUGAAGUUCAUUUCAGUUGAAAAUACGGAAUAUUUUGAAAACAAUUGCCCUGGGUCAGAUGUUGUCCCUAUGUAUAUGUGGAACAGCCAUCACCAGCCAGUAUUUGGCAGAAAAAUACAAAGUGAACACUCCCAUGCUUCAGAGUUUUAUCAACUAUUGCUUGCUGUUUCUAAUUUAUACAGUGAUGCUGGCAUUUCAGUCAGCAGGCAGUGAUAACCUUUUAUACAUCUUGAAAAAAAAAUGGUGGAAGUACAUCCUGCUAGGUCUAGCCGAUGUGGAAGCCAAUUAUCUGAUUGUCAGAGCAUACCAGUAUACGACUCUAACCAGUGUCCAGCUUUUGGAUUGCUUUGGGAUUCCUGUGUUGAUGGCUCUCUCGUGGUUUAUUCUUUAUGCAAGAUACAGAGUGAUCCACUUCAUUGCUGUGGCUGUCUGUCUGUUGGGUGUAGGAACUAUGGUUGGUGCAGACAUAUUAGCGGGGAGGGAAGAUAAUUCAGGUAGUGAUGUACUGAUUGGUGACGUCUUGGUCCUUCUUGGGGCUUGCCUCUAUGCCAUUUCUAAUGUGUGUGAAGAAUACAUUGUGAAGAAGCUGAGCAGACAGGAAUUUUUAGGAAUGGUGGGCUUGUUUGGAACAAUUAUCAGCGGCAUACAGCUGUUGUUUAUGGAAUAUAAAGAUAUUGCCAGCAUUCACUGGGAUUGGAAAAUUGCCUUGUUGUUUGUGGCAUUUGCCCUCUGUAUGUUUUGCCUGUAUAGCUUCAUGCCACUGGUGAUUAAAGUUACUAGUGCCACUUCUGUCAACCUGGGCAUCCUGACAGCUGACCUCUACAGUCUUUUCUUUGGACUCUUUCUCUUUGGCUAUAAGUUUUCCGGGCUCUACAUCCUGUCCUUCACUAUCAUCAUGCUGGGGUUUAUUCUGUACUGCUCCACCCCCACGCGCACAGUGGAGCCGGCUGAGAGCAGUGUGCCACCAGUUACCACCAUUGGAAUCGACAAUCUGGGACUGAAGCUUGAGGAGAACCUCCAGGAGACCCAGUCUGCUGUCUUGUAGCUGGAGAAUGAGGCGCACACGCAUACCUGAGGCUUCUUGGGAAAUGAAGAGCAGUCACCAGGAUAAAGUAGAGCCUGCUGACUGCUGAGGGGACACUUGGAAAAUUAUCAGACUCAGCACGAUCACUCCAAAGCAUUGGAUUUGGAUCCAGUGGUUAGAUUUAACAAAGAAAUACAAAAUAAUGCAUCAGAAGUAGAAAUAGCAAAAUAAAGCAGAGGCCAAGGCUAGGACUGCAUUUCUGUGUGUUUGAGGACCAGUACCUAUUAGUGUCAGAGAGACCAGGUGUGGGCCCUACCCUGAGGUCUUGGAGGCACAGGUGGGAAAGCAGGAUGGGGCAGAUACCCAGGUGUGAGCCAGCUUCAGAACAGGGCCUGAAAGCGGGCUGUUUAGGCCAUGCUGGGUAGUCAGGAGUAGGGACUGUCUGUGAUGGUUUUAGAAUAGGUUUCCUCAGUUGGUGACUUCUGGGUUUUGUCAUUCUGAGGCAGUCAUUUUCCAAAAGCCACAGAUGAGGUCUGGUGACCUUGUAUGGCAGGAAAAUGGGUAGGGCAGCAUGGGUGAAAUCCUGAGAUGCAGGUGCGAGUACCAUAGAAGCAUUAAAGUGGGGUACAAUAAACCUAGGAACCCUUUCUCAAUGGUUAAAAGAGGAUACUACACUGCUUCUUAUCCAGUAUUUAUGUGCCAUGAGAUUUUUAUACUUCAGUACAAAGUGUUACUAGGUAGAUAGCAUCAUUAUGAUAGCACCUACCAGUAUGCCACUAUACAAAUACUCUGUAUGUAAACUUUUUUUUUUUUUUUUGGUAAAAAUAUAAUAAAAAAAUUCAGGGUAAGUAUUCAUGUUAUUAAAAGAUUUUGAUUUCAUGAAAAUA